AUGCCGCCUCCGAGGACUCGCAUCCCCGUCUACGUCCAGCGCGAUACUGCCACCACACGCGCUACUGAGCCCACGGCGGCGACAAAAAGCAAAAAACAUACACCGGUUGUGCGUCGUACGCGUAGUCGUGUCCUGCAGGCUGGCCCUUCCUGUCGCCCUCAUGACCCUACCGACUCUCCACGCAACCCGUUCGGUCCGCAGAACAAGUGGCCUCGCCUGAUGGACCUCCCGCCUGUGCUCAACAACGUCGCGCUCUCGCACCUCCCUCUCGUCUUGACCAUCGUGCGCGCGGGGGCGCAGGUAGACGAUCAGCGUGUGCGCCGCAUGGCUCACGUCCCGCGCAACUACACCAUUACGCACAUGCGCGCGCUGAUCAUUUACCUCUUCGACGCCACUGUCUACGACGGCGAUCUGUUUUCGAAUCACCAUCACGUAGUGGAGAUCUGCAAAGACGCCGACAUUGCUGGUGACCUUACGACAGCGCAGACGUUCAUCAAGCUCUCUGGGGCGCAGGACCCUUACACUCCAGUACGCGACGACGGUCCCGAGCAUAGAGGCGCCGCUGAACCUCAAUCCUCGCGUACUGAGACCAUUCGCUGGGAAGGCGAAGGCGACUUCUCCAUCGAGACCCUAUGGACCACUGCACCGGACCUCAACGACCAGUGGGAGCAGGCAAACGAACGCCGUGGCAUUAUUUUUAAUUUUAAGCACAAUCCGGACGUCCAAGUGCACAUCACGUUCGACGCGACACUCCGCAAUUCAGCACCGCAUCCCAUGAACAUGCCCUUCGUGGCGAAGAGCCAGGGUCGUACGAAGGCUCUUAGAGGGACGUCCUCCGGUGCCUCACUUCGUAUGCCUUACGGCGCGGAGUGGAACGAGCCGGGCGCCUUCAGGAAGUUCUACACAACCCUCGCGAGAAGUAGCGCGGCUCUGCUACCGGCUCCCCAACGCCCCUCUAUCCCACGACUCGCCCAACCGCUUCGCGCUCUUUCGAUCAACCCGACGGUGCCGGGAAAGACGCCGGACGCUCUCCCCGCGCACCGAAAGGCAAUCAGCGCUCGCGCGAUUAACAUCUCGAGGAUGGCGAAGUCUGCCUUUCUGCGAGAGUUGGACGACCUCGACGAGCCUGAUUCGUCGCCGCGGCCGCUGCCGCGUCGUGUGGCGCCGGUGGCGACUCCUGUGACUCCAGUGGACGACGAUGAGGAUUCAUUUUGGGGAGACAAGAAAGAGAUCGAGGCUAUCUUGGCGGAGCAGAUGAAGCACGCGCCGCUGUCGCUGGAUGAUGACUCUGACGACGAGGUGAAUCUUUGGUGA